UCUACAUCUCUUCUUUCUGCAAUUGAGUCAUUGAUAAACCAACCCCCAGUUCGCCCUCACUUUUUACCACGCUCGCGUGGUUGCCAUCCGUAAGCCAUCCGCGUGCAAUCCCCGGCUAAGCCAAUCUGGGCCCAGUCCGUGGGGAGCCAGAAGCAAGGGGCAGGCAUUCAUCAUUUAAGAGUGACGAAAUCAGACCCUCGACUAGAUUAAUUUGCACUUGCGCCGUGUUAUGAAGAUACUUUGGCCAAGGUCCAGAUGCGCAUUUUGUCGGUCAAUUGUAGGGGGCCCCUUCAGGGACCGUUCCUGAGGAGCGGAUGCCUUGCGAGGAGGCCCUUUCAGUCAGUGCCAUGGACUGGAAGACGGGGCCUGCUAACAGAAAGCUAUGCUCGGGGCCCUUUGGAGCCUCCGUUGUUGGAGACCACUAUCGGGGAGCACUUUGCGAAGAUUGUCAACUUGCAUGGCGAUAGAACAGCUGUUAUCUGCAAACAUCAGAAUGAUCGGGUGACCUAUGCUGCCCUCGACGCCAAAAGCAAUGCUCUUGCGCGCGGUCUGGAGUCCAUCGGUGUACGGACGGGAGACCGGGUGGGUGUUAUGCUGGGAAACUCCAUGGAACACGCCAUUGCAACUUAUGCGCUGUUCAAGCUUGGCGCAAUCCUGGUCCCCAUCAACCCAUCAUUCAACGCAACUCAGGUAGUCUCCGCGCUGGCUCAUCUCGAGGCCAGCCAUCUCAUGCUCAGCGCCGAAUCCAAUCUGCCGCGCAAAGAUCCGAGGAGUAACAUCCCGCUCCUCAAACACCUGGUCCAGGACCUCUCCAAGUCAAGCAUCGAGUCAGAAGUGGUUCCCACACUAAAAAGCAUCGUCUUCGUCGAUAACUCAUCUGGCCGCGUCAACACCUCCGACUUCAGAGGCCUUACAGCCUACACAUCGCUCGUCUCGGACGCCCCGUCUGACAGAAUCUCCCUGCCACCUCGCAACCUCUCUCCUGCCGAUGUUGUCAACAUUCAAUUUACAUCCGGAACGACAGCGAUGCCAAAAGCGGCAUGCUUAAGCCAUCACUCUGUUUUGAAUAACGGCUCUCAAAUCGGCGACAGGAUGCGCCUUACCCCCGAGGACAUUGUGUGCUGUCCUCCCCCACUCUUCCAUUGCUUCGGAUCCGUCCUGGGAUACAUGGCCACCGCCACCCACGGCGCAGCCAUCGUAUUCCCCACGGAAGCCUUCAAUGCUCGAGCCUCUCUCCGAGCCGUCCAAGAAGAAAAGUGCACCGCACUAUAUGGCGUGCCGACCAUGUUCCUUGAAGAGCUCAACCUCCUCGACGAAGGCGAAGUCCCGAACGAGGGGUUCCAGUACCUAAGAACCGGCAUCGCAGCGGGAAGUAGCGUCCCUGCGGAGAUGAUGAAAAGACUGCACAAGGUACUGAAUCUCACGGAGCUCACAAUCUGCUAUGGAAUGACCGAGACCAGCCCUGUCUCUGCGAUGACCACGACCGAUGACCCCAUCGACAAGCGGAUCAGUUCCGUUGGCAGACUACUCCCGCAUGUCGAAGCAAAGAUCGUAAGCCUGGAAGAUCGCAGUCAAAUUGUGCCCAUCAAUGCACGCGGAGAGUUAGCAGUGAGCGGGUAUCUCCUGAUGAAGGAGUACUGGGAUGACCCGGUCAAAACAGCCGAAGUCAUGAUUGCCGACAAAAAUGGGAAAGUAUGGAUGCAUACCGGCGACGAAGCCUCCAUGUCCCCAGACGGCUACAUCAGCAUCACUGGCCGCGUCAAGGAUCUUAUUAUCCGCGGCGGCGAGAACAUUCAUCCCCUGGAAGUCGAAAAUUGUCUUCUGUCAUACCCCGGCGUGAUCAAUGCCUCUGUCGUGGGCGUUCCGGAUGAACGAUACGGGGAGGUCGUGGCCGCAUUCAUCAUCCACCGGGAACCCGAGGGGGAACUGGCAACAGAAGAAAAGAUCCGACAAUGGGUUGGUGAAAAAUUGAGUAACCAUCUAGUCCCGAAAUACGUAUUCUUCCUCCAACCAACAGAGUCAUUCCCCAAAACUGCAAGCGGCAAGGUCCAAAAGUUUAAGCUCCGCGAUGUCGCUCUCGAUAUUCUGAAGAGGGGUACUUCGACUUGAUGCGUUACUGUCGAGAAAUAGAUGUCAUUUAGGGAGACUGCAUGGGUGUAGCACACCUUCCUCAAGUCUCAGGAAUGCGUUAGAAAGAAGAACGUGGCCUAUCUGAGAAAAUAUAAGGUGGAUAGUCGGCACGACACGGACAAUCUAAAACCCACCACGACACAUAAUCUGUGAUAAGAGAGAUACCCCGUAGCAUCCAUACAAUAAGACGAACAUGAAC